ACAGUGUCAUCGUUUCGUUUGUGAUUGCUGCGAAAGUGGACAUUUCUUAAUGUUUAUUUAUGUUGUUAUUAUAUGAUUCCACGUUUUCACCACCAAUAUUAUGGCACAAAGAUCUAUCACGUCUUUCUUUGCACCACCAAAGCCUAAGGUAAAAAAUCAGGCGUCAAGUAGUGUGGCUAAGAAUGGGACAACUACAGAAGUGCCUGCUGUGAAAGAUGACAAUAACAAAGGGAAAACAAGCAAGUCCCCUCUCCAACCGAAGAAUGAAUCUCCGGAAGAUUCGAAGUCCCCCUCCGGGAAGAAUGUUCCGAUCCGGAAAGGAAACGUCAAGCAGGAGGAGGUCUCUCCCGUUAAGACGGUUGAGCCGGUGAGGAAGAGGAGGCGGGUCAUAGAGAGUGACAGCGAGGAGGAAGGACAGAGCGCCGCAGCGGGGGCACAGACGAAGGAAGCCGUGAAGGUGCAACCAAUCGCAAAUGGAGGCGGGAGCAUUCGAGAUGAAUCGAGUGGCGAUGCCGUCGUAGCUGGUUCGUCUGCCGGUACACCAUCCCGGGUCCCGCUUGCACCGCUCGUGAGUCCAGAUGGAGUCCCACUUCGUAAGACCGCGAGGAAGAGCUUUGCGAGUCGCCGGAAACCGCGCGAGUCGGGAGAUGAUGGAGGGAGCCACCCUCAAUCCCCCGACGUUGACGGCAGGGUCGGCUCAGCUCGUCGCCAAGAUGAUGUAGAUGGGGAAGAUGAGGAAGACAUGGAUGUGGAUACAGGAAAGAGCGAGGUAGCUACGACCGAAGAAGCCAUGAAGAAAGAGAAGGAGGAGGAGGUAGUGAAGAAAGAGGUGCGACACAAAAAUGAGCCAGAUGCAAUGGAAGAAGGCAGUGAAGAGGAAGAAGAAGAAGAAGACGAAGAAGAAGAAAAGGGGGAAGAGGAAGAAGAAGAAGAAGAAGAAAAGGGGGAAGAGGAAGAAGAAGAAGAAGAAGAAAAGGGGGAAGAGAAAGAUGAGGUGCGACCUCGGAAGAAGCCAAGUGCAAUUGAAGAAAGCAGUGAGGAAGAGGACGAGAAAAAGGAGAAGAAGGUGCAACACAGAAAGAAGCCAGCAGUAGUUGAAGAAAGCAGUGAGGAAGAGGACGAGAAAAAGGAGAAGAAGGUGCAACACAGAAAGAAGCCAGCAGUAGUUGAAGAAAGCAGUGAGGAAGAGGAAGAGAAAAAGGAGAAGAAGGUGCAACACAGAAAGAAGCCAGCAGUGGCUGAAGAAAGCAGUGAGGAAAAGGACAAGAAAAAGGAGAAGAAGGUGCAACACAGAAAGAAGCCAGCAGUAGUUGAAGAGAGCAGCGAGGAAGAGGAAGAGAAAAUAAAGAAGAAGGUGCAACACAGAAAGAAGCCAGCAGUGGUUGAAGAAAGCAGUGAGGAAGAGGAAGCAGAAAAAAAGAAGAAGGUGCACCACAGGAGGAAGCCUACUCCAGUCGAAGAAAGCAGUGAGGAAGAGGAAGAGGAGGCGAGGAACAAGAAGGAAGCCGCUCCUGUGCGAACGCUCCAUAGUUUUUUCUCGGGCUCCCGUACAAAAGCAGCAGAAAACAAGGCUAAUGAAAAGACAGCCAAAGAAUCGUCUGUGAAACGGCAAACCUCGCCUCAAGCUGGAAAAAAGGGCGUGGAAACCGAAGUCGAAGAGAAGGAGGUGGAGAAGGCAGAGAAAGCGGAGAAGGAGGUGGAGAAGGGAGAGAAAGCGGAGAAGGGAGAGAACAAUGCAGGGGAGUCAAAGUCGUCUGCUCAGAAGAAAGCUGCUGUUAACCCGUUCGCGUCGAUGAUGGGCGGCGGCAAGAAGGCGGGCGAGGAGGACGAGGGCGCCACCUAUGCCCCGGGGAAGCGUGGCUACGACCCGGUGGCGGACGCGUUCUGGCGGCGUGGCGAACACGUGCCGUACCUCGCUCUCGCUAAGACGUUUGAGGUCAUCGAGAACACGUCGGCAAGGUAUAUCGUCGAGGUGCUGUGCAACCUGCUGCGGUCGGUGAUCGCGCUGAGCGCGCACGACCUGCUUCCGUGCGUGUACCUGUGCACGAACCGCCUCGCUCCCGCCUACGCCGGCGUCGAGCUCGGCAUCGGCGACACCGUGCUGAUGCGCGUCGUCGCCGCGGCAACGGGACGCACCGUCGACAAGAUCAAGGCCGACGUCGCCGAGAAGGGAGACAUCGGCAUCGUGGCCGAGACGAGCAGGAGCACGCAGCGUACGAUGUUCCGGCCGAACAAGCUCACCGUGCCGGCCGUGUUCGCGAAGCUGAAGGAGAUCGCGACGAUGUCAGGCAACUCGGUGAUGUCCAAGAAGGUGGAUAAGAUCAAGGGAAUGUUUGUCGCGUGUCGUCACGCCGAGGCCCGCUACCUCAUGCGCUCGCUCAGCGGAAAGCUGCGCAUAGGUCUAGCCGAACAGUCGGUUCUCACUGCCCUCGCUCGCGCCGUCGUCACAACGCCACCUAGUGGGGAAGAGUUUCCUCCUCCAGUCCUCGACGCCAGUAAAGGAAUCUCGGCAGACGCCUUUAAGAAGAUGCUAGACGAGGGAACGCACUUGCUCAAGCAGACGUACAGCGAGUGUCCGAAUUAUGAUGCAAUCAUUGACGUGAUAUUAAAGCAUGGUCUCAAGGAGCUACCCAACCACUGCAAGCUCACCCCGGUUCCCGUGUGUUCAUUCUCCGUCACCGGUGUUCCCGCCAUGUGUCAUUUUCCUGUCCACCAUGAUUUUCCUAUGGUGCACGUGACGGAGGCCGGCGAGGUUCGCAUCUACAGCCGCAACUCGGAGGACAACACGUCCAAGUACCCGGACGUCGUCGCCCGCAUGCCGCGCGCGCUCCGCGCCGGCGUCACGUCGUGCGUCGUCGACGCCGAGGCCGUCGCGUGGCACCGCGAGACCAAGCAGAUCCAGCCGUUCCAGGUGCUGAGCACGCGCAAGAGGAAGGAUGCGCUCGCUGACGAGAUCAAGGUGCAGGUGUGCAUCUACGCCUUCGACCUGCUCUACCUGAACGGGCGCCCCCUGGUGAGGGAGCCGCUGCGGCGGCGGCGGGAGCUGCUGUACGAGUCGCUGGAGGAGCGGGAGGGUGAGCUGACGUUCGCUCGAUCGAUGACCUCUGCCGACACGGAGGAGAUCGCCAUCUUCCUCGAGGAAUCCAUUAAGGGUAGGCUCGCACACGUGUGGGAGAUCAAGUGCGCUGACCUCUCAGUCUCUCCGGUCCACAAGGCCGGCAUGGGCAUCGUCGACCCGGAGAAGGGCAUCUCCCUGCGCUUCCCCCGCUUCCUCCGUAUCCGCGACGACAAGAAGCCGGAAGAAGCCACGUCGAGUUCUCAGGUUAAGAAGGACUACCUAGAGGGCGUUGGUGACACGCUGGACGUCGUCGUGAUUGGUGGAUACCACGGCAAGGGCAAGCGGACGGGGCAGUACGGCGGAUUUCUUCUCGCUGCUUACGACGAGCAGGAGGAAGAGUUCCAGACGAUAUGCAAGAUUGGCACGGGUUUCAAGGACGAGGAUUUGGAGCGACACACGGCAUCGCUGAAGGAGCACGUCAUCGAUAAACCGCGUAGCUACUACCGUUACGACCACAGCCUGGAGCCUGACCACUGGUUUGAUGCUGUACAGGUGUGGCUGAGAUCAAGUGCGCUGACCUGCUCAGUCUCGGCCGUCCACCAGGCGGCAUGGGCAUCGUCGGCCGGAGAAGGGCUCCCCUGCCUUUGGCUGUAG